CGGUGGGCAAAGCUUCUAAAUUUAGUCACCGCUCAUAUCGGUGGCCUCCCCUAUAAAAACCAAACCCUCCCUCUUCUUCAAUUCUCAUACUCAAUCCUUCAAGUCCAUCAUCUCUCUUCUCUUCCUCCUCUAAUCCCAAAACAAUCCAUUUCAUUAAACCCCAAGAAAUGGCUUCUUCAAUCAAACUCUCUUUGAUUGUCUUCUUUGCCUGCUCCCUUUUCCUUCAAGGCACUUUGGGGGAGAUCAUAUGUGAGGAAUUGCCCAAAGAAAAUUGUGCAUUUUCGAUCGCGUCAUCGGGGAAGCGGUGUCUAUUGGAGAGCUCGCCGAACGGCGAAGGGGGGGUGGAAUUCCAAUGCAAGACGUCGGAGGUGGUGGUGGGAAUGAUGGCGGAGUACAUAGAGACCGAUGAUUGCGUCGCGAAAUGUGGCGUUGAUCGGAACUCGGUCGGACUAUCAUCGGAUUCCUUGAUGGAGACCGAAUUCACCAAAAAGCUUUGCUCCUCCGAAUGCCACCAAAACUGCCCCAACAUCGUUGACCUUUACUUCAACAUGGCUGCUGGCGAAGGGGUCUAUUUGCCGGAGCUGUGUGAGAAUCUAAAGAGCAGCCACCACCGAGCGAUGACCGAGUUGUUGAGCAGCGGUGCCGUUGAUACCGUGGCUAAUGGUCCUGCCGCUGAUGGUCCUAACGGGUAUUCAAAUGCCGCCUUCGACGCCGCCGCCGCCCCUGCGGAUUCUCCUACUUCUAUCUAAUACUUCGUAUUAUAAAAAUAUUUGUCGCAGUUCAGAUAUCCUCAUAUAUGUAUUUUUAUUUCCUGCACGGCUUCUUAUAUGUUACGGAGUAUAUGUUAUAGAGAAUAUGUAGUGCCCAGCUGUACUGUUUGUUUAUGAUGAUGAGGACGAUGAUGAAGAGAUUAUAUAUGUGCGUGCUUUAUAAUAUUAAUGUGUGUUUGAUCAAUAUGUAGUUCGUUCACCCUUUUUAUUUA